CGGGGCAACGUUACCUUCUGUUUUUGAAAUUUCUUUUUUUUCCAAGUGGCCAGUGUUGGAUUUAAAAAGUUCCAUUUCGAAUUUGGAAAUGAAACCUCUGUUUUUGUUAGUAUUGUCGCUGCACGUCGUGGUUAGUGUAAGAGACAACAGCACAAAUGAAUUCUCAGUGGAAAACGAAGAUUCAAGAGUGUUGUCGAGACGGAAGAGGUUCUUAACAUUUCCCGACGGUAGUUCUUUACAACUGGUAUUCUGCGUGCAAACUUCAGCGCUCAUUCCUAUUGGCGAUAUCUUCUUGUACGGAAGUACGGCGGCGCUCGCGUGGACUCUCCCUGCCGACCCUACGUUCACCGAAUUCUUCACUGGCAAAGAUAAAGCACAGAGGAGAGAAGACGUCAGGAAUAUCAACUAUGUCGACGAACGCGGAAGAGUUAUUGCACGGGUUCCUUAUAAAAGGAGACCAAUAGUCAACCCAGCAUUUGCUAAACGGAGUGUGGACGAACCCCAGACAUUCAAAGAGAAGUUAAAGAUGAAAAUAGACAGAAUGAAGAUGCACGAAAUGCAAACAAAUAGAGAAUAUCUGAAGAAGGAACACUUGGAUGAGAAAAGCAUAGAGUUUCACAGAAGUAACAGGUUAGAAUUGUUACAGAGGAUUGAGAGAUUGCUAACUGCGUAAGUAAAUUGCGUUCUAUGUUUUACGUUUAUUAGUCAUACAUUUAAAAAGUUGAUAUAUAAAUCGUUCAGAAUGUCACUUCCACGACAAACAGAUUACGUGGUCAUUUUCUCUAGGCAAUAGUUUCUUUUGUUAUUGUCAAUUAAUGCCAUCAAGUAGCAAUGUAUAGGACUUAUAAUUUGGUUUCACCAGCGAAUUAUGUAGAAAGAACAGCCCAAGUCUUAGAAUAGAAAGAAUAAAGUAUUUUAUUUUUAGUUCUGGUUAGAUUUUUUUUUAUUGAUGCGAAUUAUUUUAUGAUGUUUAUCGUAUACAUUUUGCUCAUAGUCUUACAUUGCUUUAAGCAGGUAGAUAGACUAUUCUACAUAAUUUGCUGUAUUCAUAGGUGUACGCUCUUUGACCCCACUUACCUCUUUGUUUACAUUGAAUGCGAUCAAUGGGUGUGAGCAAAGCGAUCUAGGGCCCCUUUGGUGAUUGAUCGGGCAUAAUAAUAACGAACAGCUCGUCGGAGAGUGUGAUGGGCUAUCUAUUGUAAACUGGUCUAUUUACAAGUUAUUGAUGAGUGAAACUUUAAUUGUUUAUUACUUCAUCUAUUUUUAUGGUACAUCAGCAAAUUACAUUUUAAACAUACAUUAAAUAAGAGGUAAUAAUAUAAUGGUACAAACAUGCAAGUCAAUAACAGUUAUACACAGCAUUGAAAAUAUAUUAUACUGCGUUAUUAUUAUUACAACAUUCAAUCAAACAGAUAAUAUAUAC